GGUGGAUCCAUGGUUCUCGCCACUCCUCCAUCGAAGGGUCUACUCUCUAUCGCCGUAGAACUCGCCAUUCUUAUUCUGGAAAAACUUGAUUUGCAUACCUUAGUAUCAUGCAAGAGAGUAUGCCAUCGCAUAAAGAACAUCAUAGACGAGUCCGUCGUUCUGCAAUACAAGAUCGAGCUGGCCGUUGCUGGAAUGGAGGAUGGUCCUACUAGCGCUAUCAGUGUUAGUGAGCGUCUUCAGCGGCUGAAGAAUUAUACCGAAGCCUGGAAAACAAUGUCGUUUUCGCCUGAAGUGGAGACCGUCACGCUGACGGGAAACCUCUGGGAGCUCUGCGGCGGCGUACUAGGUCUAUCUGACCGGGCAAAACCUGCUACGCUCAUGUUUCGCAAGCUACCUGCCAUUGCUAGAGGUAUAGAAGGCAAGGAGUGGACAAUCGAGGAUGUGGGAUUUCCCAUACGUGACUUCAAGAUGGAUCCAUCGCAAGAUUUGCUAGUGAUGAUAGAGUUACCUCCGGAGCCACCUGCGGGCGGCUUCGUGCCGUGCAAGAUCCACCUUCGGACUUUGAACGGGAACAAACCGCAUCCAUCCGUGAGCGAUUCCGUGAUGGUCACGUCCAUACGGACUCCCCAUGAUGAUAGCCUCUGUUUCACUAUAAAACUCUGCGGUGACAGGCUCGGUAUUAUGCUUGAGUACUUACGGCACGAGGAUCAUCGUGGCGACGUGGAUAUUAUGGUAUACAAUUGGAGGACUGCGGCUUCUUUAUUUCGGAUAUAUGGGAUUGACUCACCAAUCGAAGCAUACACCUUCCUCUCGGAGGAGUAUAUCUUACUCGGAAUUGCGGAAGACUGCGUGCCAAGACUGGAAGUGUAUAAGUUAUAUGAAGAUUCCAACAUCACCAGGAGAGAAUGGAAUGGACAGGAUUACUUCUGCGCGUUCGCCUACGGGAGAAAACCACAUUCAAUUAUGUGGGGCUCGAUGGUAAUCCAAGGUGAAGCUCCAACUUCAUGGUCGCAAUCCGGAUAUGAGGACAUCCCUUUCUUCACAUCCCCAAGUCGUAGGGUCGUAGGCGUCAUGUUCGAUGAUGCCCUCGAUGCCGAUGCCGAUUGGUCGCACCACACAAGACACCUUAUCCAUCUGCCGAAAUUGCUUUCGCUUGUUUCCCUACGGCCUGAGCAAACGGGCACGACGUAUGUCUGGCCAUUCUGGGCAAACGAUACUGCGCUGAGUGUCCCCGAGCUUGAUCCAUCGCCGAUAUGGUGGUAUUGGAUUCACGGCACCAAGGUCCUGCACUCUUUCGCGCAAGAAAAGCUCGUACAAUCCCUGAUCAGAGAUUUCCACUAUGUGGAGGUCAUGGACCUGAACCCGAUACUUCUGAAGAGAGAGUCAUCAAGACAUGGGGAUACAGGGGUGAAUGACAGUCGUAUUGAACGAUACGUAAAGUACAAGGCCAUGGAAGUAUUGCCGGCCAUGGGUAAGAUGAUCAGUGAAGAUAAUCUAAUAUUGGUUGAGGAUAAGGUGGAAGAGGACGCCGGCGAUGCAAACUUGUUUAUAUACACUCUGUGA